GAUGCGGUCCCGGGCGGCGGCGUCGGCGGUGACGGCACGGGAGCUCUGCGAGAACGACGACCUGGCCACGAGCCUCGUGCUGGACUCGGUGCUCGGGUUCCGCACGCACAAGAUGGGGGUCAGCCCCCUGCCCGCCCUGCGGCACUGGCCCCAACUCCGGGCGGCCAUCGAGGCGUUCCGGCGGCGGCGGGACCUGGAGGAGGCUUGGAAGACCCUGAGCGGGGCCUGGGCCCCCGCGUUCUUCCACCAGCGGCGCCCGGUGCAACGGGCAGCGCUCAAGAGCCACGUGUUCCAGUACCUGCGGGCGCUCCUGCCCGAGAGUGGGUUCAGCAUCCAGCGCUGCACCCGCUACAGCCGCGACACCAACGGGGCCAGGGUGGUCUCCACCCGCGCCUGGAAGAAGCACGAGAUGCUGGAGUUCCUGGGGGGCUGCGGGGUCGAGCUCCGGGGCUCCGACCGGGCGCUGCUGCGGGCGGGCGACAACGACUUCAGCCUCAUGUACUCGACGCGCCGCAGGAGGACCCAGCUCUGGCUGGGGCCAGCCGCCUUCAUCAACCACGAUUGUCGCCCGAACUGCAGGUUCGUGUCGGGCCCGGGCGGGGGCUCGGGUGCAGGCGCUGCGGGACAUCCGCCCCGCACAGAGAUCACCUGCUUCUACGGGGACGGCUUCUUCGGGGAGGGCAACCGGGGCUGCGAGUGCCGCACCUGCGAGAGGGAGCACCCGAGAAACCUCAAGACGCGGCGAAGGCGCCUUCCGCAGCGGGAGGCUCUCAGGGCCCCGCGGACCCCCAAAUACGAGCUGCGGGAGACGGACGUGCGGCUGCAGCGGAGAGGCGAGGAGGCGGGCGGGACCCCCAGACAGCCCCCGCCGCCGCCCCCGCCGCCCCAGCGCCCCCGCCGCCGAGACCCCCAGGCGCUCCCCAGCCCGCGUGGCCCUCCACGACUGCGUGUCCUGCGGGAGGGGCUGCCUCCUCCCGCACGGGGUCCCCAGGAGUCUGCCUGGGGUCCCCACACCCCGGCCCCAAAACGGCCCCCGGCCCCUCCUGCGACACCAACACCCCGACCCCAAGCUGUCCCUCUCGCCCACGUCUGCCUGGGGGCCAUCCCCAAACCCGGGGAGGGGCCGGGAGCCCCGCGCCUGCGGCUCGUGAGUGACCCAGGGGGCUCGCCCUGA